AUGACGAACAUCCAAGUCGGAGCCAUGGCUUCUGCCAACAAUGCUCUCAUCAACCUCAGUAUGGAACUCACUAAUCUCGACAUGGACCUAACAGUACUCGCUAAUGCGAAAGCCAAAGGCCAAGCGCUAUUUGCGACAAAGUUCAUCAAGAAGGGCGAGCCCGUGAUGUUCCUCGAUCCACCAGUAAUGAUGGCCAUCGACUCAGAAUCACUUCACAGAACAUGCUACAGUUGCCUCGUCACCAAGUCUGGUAUGGGCAGGUGCGGCCAGUGCAAGAUGGCUUACUUCUGUGACAAGAGUUGCCGAAAUCAAGCUUGGAAGAAUUAUCACAAGUACGAAUGUCCUAUCCUUAGAGACUUCAAGGAAGUCCUGACGGGAAGUUCCAUCAAAGAUCCUCCUCGAAACUUCAGGGCAGUCCUCCGUCUGAUCCUCUUACACAAAGCCGGCAAAGUGUCAACUUCGGCGCUUCAAGAGGUGGCUGAUUUGUGGCACAGAGCAAAUGGUCGUACUGACGAGCACGACAAUAUGCUUGCACAGGUCAUCAAGGGGGCUACUGAAACCGACGCUUCGCAGUCGUGUAUUCUAAGCUUGUUGCGCGUUAUGGAAUCGAACUGUUACAACAUUGGGACCUUCAGCGGCGAUCUGAUAGGAGCUGAGGUAUACUUGAAGAUUUCGAGAGCGAAUCACAGCUGUGCACCAAAUGCAACCUUCUCGCAUUGGGGCCUCGUCAUGUGGGAUCGUCAGUCAAAGUACCUGACAUUAUUUGACAAACAGAUGCCUGCCGCCAUGAUUGUUGCCAGACAAGACAUCGCCAAGGGAGAGGAGAUAACGCUUGCUUACGUGGACAUAGAGUUGGAGCUAGAAGCUCGAAAGCACAGACUGCGAUACGUCUAUGGCUUCGAUUGUGCAUGCCCACGUUGUGAAAAAGAGGAGGCAUUGUGCAGGGAGAAGGAGCAGAAGCUGCAGAAGAUUGCUUCGAGAACAUGA